AAGGGAAAUAGAAUGGAGGGCACAUACAUGAUAAUUGAUACAAUUAGGUAAGGUCCAAACAAGGCGCAGUAGUGGGCAAUCAUCAAUCUAGAAAUAGAAAUCAAACGGUCGUCCAACAGUUUCCCCCUUUCCAACAAUUUCCACACUCUUCCCGCUCUGCUUCACCAUUCCUUCCACCAAACCCUCAAAACCGAAGCCCCGCGCGAAAGCUGAUGUGUGGAAGAGGCAGGGGUACUUUGAGGCCCGAUGAUUUCCCCCGGGCCUGCCAUCUCAACGGCCGUCCUGUCCGCCACCUGAAUAUGGACCGGUACCAGCCAUCGUAUAACGUUGCCCCCGGGUUCAACGUGCCGGUGGUUCGGCGAGACGAGGAAGGAGAUAGCGACGGCGUCGUUUUGCACUGCAUGAAGUGGGGGUUGAUUCCGAGCUUCACUAAGAAGAAUGAAAAGAUUGACCACUUUAGAAUGUUUAAUGCUCGGUGUGAAUCAAUUAGGGAGAAGGCUUCUUUCCGUCGACUUCUUCCAAAGAAUAGGUGCUUGGUGUCGUUUGAAGGAUUUUAUGAAUGGAAAAAAGAUGGAUUGAGAAAGCAACCAUACUACAUACACUUUAAGGAUGGUCGUCCCCUCAUCUUUGCUGGACUAUUUGAUUCUUGGAGAAGUUCAGAAGGAGAAAUCCUUUAUUCCUUCACUAUCGUCACAACAACUUCAUCAUCAUCUCUGGAAUGGCUUCAUGACAGGAUGCCUGUUGUCUUGGGAAACAAAGAAUCAACUGAUUCCUGGUUGAAUGAUGCUCCCUUGUCCAAUCUUGACAAAAUUCUCAAACCAUAUGAAGGAACAGAUUUGGCUUGGUACCCUGUGACAACCGCGAUUGGUAAGCUUUCUUUGAAUGGACCAGAGUGCAUUAAAGAGAUACAGAUAAAAACAGAGGAGACCAAAUCAAUCUCACAGUUCUUCUCAAAGAAAGACAUAUGUGCCAAGCCACCAAUUAAGAAAGAGCCCGUCGAAGCUACUGAGCAGGAAAGUAUGAAAAAUGAACUUGAAAAUCAGUCAACACUUGAAAACAAGAGAAUGAAGGCUGAAUCAGUUCAAAAUGGUCAGCAGAAAAGUGUGAAAGAGGAACCUGAAAGCCAAUUGACACUUGACAACACCACAGUAACGGCUGAACCAGUUCAGAACAGUCAGCAGAAAAGUGUGAAAGAGGAACCUCAAAGCCAAUCAACAGUUCAAAAUAGGAGAAUGGAGGGCGAACCAGAAGAGAAUAGCCAGCAAAAAAGUAUGAAAGAGGAACAUGAUGAAAGCCAAGAUGACUACCGUCAAACAACUACCAAGAAAGAUGAUGGUGAUAACACAUGUGAUAUUUAUACUCUAUCUCCAGAAGGGGCUACCAGUAGCAUAGAGAAGCGAGACUACUCGGAGUUUUCUGCUCAUGCUAAGCCAUCUACUAGAGAAACUGAAAGGCGACAUACCACACCAGUAAAAAAGAAAAGCAAAGGUGCAGAUGAUAAACAACCAACGCUCUUUUCUUACUUUGGGAGAAGCUAAUAACUUGUUUGAUCUAUGCUUUUGCUGCGCUAAGACAUCUGUGUACAUAAGCAUGGUGAAUAUGGCAUGAAGCUGAAGUAGGUGGGAGUUGUUAAACCGCAGGGCAGAAAAUUUUGGUUUACCACUCUUUAAUGCGGUUUGUAAUUUGGUGAACAAUGUUAUGCUUCUCAGGCUGUAUCUUCUGCUCGAGACGCAUUUACGCUGAAAUUACUCUGUUCCAUAGCCGCCUUCUAUGAAGAUCAUCUGCUAUA